CCAUUUGCACACUGGGCUCUUUGACGCAACAGAGAAAGAUGCCUUUUUUUUUUCUUCCUCUUAAAUCUGCCUGGCCAAUUUAAAGCUUGUGGAUUCUUUCUUCCCCCUCAGGGAAAGCUUAUGAGAGGAUUUUCUUUUUUUAACAGUUCAUUCCAUGAAACUGUUUUUUUUUUUCCCCCCCUGUAGAUUGUUUGCUGUCAGGAAACGUUGAAGCUGAACACAAGGCUUUCAUUGCAGAUUUCUAUCAAAAGACCUAAAAUUAGUUGCAUCAGGAAGGAAGGAUGUAGGUGUAUCAUUAUUGCCUCUUUCCAGCCUGUAAUUGAGGAAUGAUCAUGUGGGAGAUGGCUUGAGCAAACAAUCCAUAAACUCAGCCUGCUGAAAGUCAUCUUGAACCAACAGCGUCUUCCUCCACGAUUUAAGAGAAGAAUGUGUGUACCUAGCUCUUUUAGGUGACCCCCUCAGGUCACCUUUUGCCGACUACUGCAAGCUGAUAAGAUAACAAUGGGAGUGACUGUGGGGAGUGGCAGGUGUCACUCGGCUCACAGCUUCUCCUUUGCAGCUGGGCUCUUAGCACUGCCAAGUACAUGUGAGGCUGCACCUGAUACCCGAGCGGAGCAUGCACUUUAGAAGGAAUCUGCCAAACCCACUCGUGUACGUACAUGCAUCUGUUUAGGGGCUCUGUUUGGACACACACAGCAAUGUAGGUGCUGACGUACCCACGCCUGCUCCCGGAGAGAUGAUGGUUCGGCGAGGGCUGAGUGCCUGGCUCCCUCGGAUGGUCGUUCUGCUUGUGGUGCUCUGCUCUGCCGUGUCCGUCCUCUACAUGUUGGCCUGUACGCCGAAGGGCAUCGAUGAGCAGCUUGCAUUCCCCAGGGCUAACAGUCCAACGGGAAAGGAGGGGUACCAGGCCAUUCUGCAGGAGAGGGAGGAGCAGCACCGCAAUUACAUCAACAGCCUCAAGAAGCAAAUCGCGCAGCUGAAGGACGAGCUGCAGGAGCGGAGCGAGCAGCUGAAGAGCCUACAGGACCAUGACACUGACUCGCUGGGCCCAGGGCUGGAGCGCAGCAACCCCGAGAAGACCCCCGCCGACCUGCUGGAGUUCCUGCGCUCCCAAAUCGACAGAGCUGAGGUGCACGCCGGUGCCAAGUUGCCCACGGAGUACGCGGCUGUGCCCUUCGAGAGCUUCACCCUGCAGAAGGUGUAUCAGCUGGAGACGGGGCUGACACGCCACCCUGAGGAGAAACCCGUGAGGAAGGACAAGCGGGACGAGCUGGCGGAGGCUAUUGAGUUGGCCCUGGAGACUUUAAACAGCCCAGACAGUGACAGCAACGCAAAUCAUCACAUGUACGCAGCCUCCGACUUCAUAGAAGGCAUGUACCGAACAGAAAAAGACAAAGGCACGUUGUAUGAGCUGACUUUCAAAGGAGACAGACCACACAAAUUCAGACGAACCGUUUUAUUCAGACCAUUUGGUCCCAUCAUGAAAGUGAAGAAUGAGAACCUCAACAUGGCCAACACGCUCAUUAACAUUGUCGUUCCAUUAGCGAAGAGAGCCAGCAAGUUUCGACAAUUUAUGCAAAAUUUCAGGGAAAUGGGCAUUGAGCAAGAUGGGAGAAUUCACCUCACUGUCGUUUACUUUGGAAAAGAACAAAUGAACGAAGUGAAAGCAAUACUUGAAAACACAUCCAGAUCAGCUAACUUCAAGAAUUUCACCUUUAUCCAGCUGAAUGAAGAAUUUUCGAGAGGGAAAGGAUUAGACAUAGGUGCUCGCAUUUGGAAAGGAAACAACGUCGUUCUCUUUUUUUGUGAUGUAGAUAUAUACUUCACUGCUGAAUUCCUGAACACCUGUAGAUUGAACACACAGCCAGGGAAGAAAGUAUUUUACCCAGUUCUUUUCAGCCAGUAUAACCCAGGUAUAAUUUACGGGCACCAUGGUUCCAUCCCACCCUUAGAACAGCAGCUGGUUAUAAAAAAGGAAACUGGAUUCUGGAGAGACUUUGGCUUUGGAAUGACAUGUCAGUACAGGUCUGAUUUUAUCAACAUAGGUGGCUUUGAUCUGGACAUUAAAGGCUGGGGAGGAGAAGAUGUUCAUCUCUACCGCAAAUACCUUCACAGCAACCUUAUCGUGGUCAGGACGCCUGUCCGGGGCCUCUUCCAUCUCUGGCACGAAAAGCGCUGCCUGGAUGAGCUGAGCCCGGAGCAGUACAAGAUGUGCAUGCAAUCCAAAGCCAUGAACGAGGCUUCUCACGGCCAGCUGGGGAUGCUCGUCUUCAGGCAUGAGAUUGAGGCUCACCUACGCAAACAGAAAACCAGCAGCAAAAAGACAUGAAGCCAAAACUAGUUGGUCGUAUUUUCAAAAAGACUGUAGCUGCUUAAAGAGAGUGCGGGAGCUGGAGCAGAAAAGCUGGAGCUGGCAGGAAAAGGAAGACAAAAGGAAACGCUUGCACUCCCUUUUCUUGCCUUCCUUAGCAGAGCUUUUGAAUAUGCCAUUUAGCCGGCUUUCCCACACUGGCUCAUGCCACGGAAUUGGAGACAAAGGCAGGGCGAGACGGAAGGUGGUAGAAACCCCCACCUUGUGUUUGAUACUCGUGUGCCUAACAAAGGGUUUGUUGCGUUUCACUGGAAUAUCCAUGUGUGAUGACAGCUGCCCUGAUCCUGCAAAGCCUCAUGCCCAUCUUUAAUAUACUCCAGUGGUAUUGCUCAUACACGUAAGUGUUGGCAGGACCUGGCCUCGCGUGGCCUAUGUAAUCAAAAGUGAGGAGCGAUUUUAGGUAUCCACCUUGACACACCUAAAAGGGGCCUGAUUUUCAAAAAGCACAGAGCACCUGCCCUUCAAAAAACACUCGUUAAAGGUGGCUCAAAUAACAUCCACUAUCAGUGGUCACAUUUGAAAAUCUGGGACAGUCUUUAAUAGUUAGAGACACAUUCGCAUGUAGUUUCAUAGAACUAAGCAUGUAAGAAAAGGCUUUCUAGAAUCUAGAAAAGCUAAAGAUCAAGUAAAAUAUGAAAUUCCGAAAUGCUGGAAAAUGGUGUUAUACUCCAUUCUGUACAUUAAACCAAAACUGAAAAGCCA